UAUAUGAUUUUUCCGUUAAAAUUUUUAGACUCCGGAAUUUAGUUAUGUUUUAGAUUUAAACAUUUAUAAAAUUUCCCAUUUAUCGUUGAACAUUUUUAUUAGUUACAUUUUUUAAUUUGUUCUUAUAGUUUUGAAUAUGGCUACUAAACAUCAAAAUCAAAAUGCCAUCACAUUAAAAGGAUCUGCUAAAUUAGUUAUGGAUUAUUUAAAUUUUGGAAUAAAUAGUAUUUUAUUUCAACGGGGUAUUUAUCCACCUGAAUCCUUCAAGACUGAAGAGCAUUUCGGUUUGUCAAUUUUAGUAUCUACUGAUGAAAAAAUUCAACAAUUUUUGGAACCAGUACUAAAUCAAAUGAAAGAUUGGCUGCUAGAACAAAAAAUUCAAAAAAUGUCUAUGGUUAUAUCCAAUGUUACUACAAAAGAAGUAAUGGAGCGUUGGGACUUUAAAGUGCAAUAUGAAGGAUCUGGUGAUCCUAAUCCAGACUCUAUUGGAAAUAAAGAAUUAUCUACUAUACAGAAAGAAAUAAGAGAUGUUCUCAGACAAAUUUGUUCCACAGUUAGUUUUUUACCCUUACUUGAUUGUCCAUGUGCAUUUGAUUUACAAAUUUAUACUAAACCUGAUGUGGAUAUACCUCAAGAAUGGGCUGAAACAGCUCCAAGUUACAUAGCAAAUUCUCAAGAAUUGCAAUUAAGAUCAUUUUCCACAUCAUUGCAUAGAAUGGAUACAGUCGUUAGUUAUAAAGCAGAUUUUUGAAAAGUAUUGUAUGGAAGAAUGUAAAUCAAUAGUUAUUUUUAUUUUAAGUAAGUAUAUUUUUUAAUUUAAGUCAAUAAAUGUAUGUAUAUGUUUUUAUGUGUAGUGAUAAAUGACUACUAUUGUUAAAAGUCAUGUGUAUUAUAUUUACUAUUAUAUUUAAAAUAUUAAAUUAUGUUCACUAAUGUUUUAACUUGUUUGUUUAUUUUAUAAUAAUAGAAAAGUAAUUUUGUAAUGGUUUA